GCUGCGGUGCGGUCAGCAAGAUCUCUGCCUUCUUAUCUCAUUUUAGAAAGCAGCCGACUGUUAAUGUAGGUUGGGGUUGUUUUUAUAUGUCCCCGUCUGCUUUGCUGGUGGGAAGAUUUGGGGUUAAAGUAAAAGUGAUGAUCUCCCGCCAUGUGGAUUGUAGGAGGAGCCCGGCAAAGGAGCAUAACUACAAAGGAUAUAUAAAAGCUUGUUUCCUGUGUGCCGAAAUGUUGUACCUUGUUGCUAAUAUGGCUUGCUGAUGAUCAGGACAGUCAUAUUAUUUUAGACACACAUGAAAGAAGGCCAUAAAAGUGACAAAAAUGCUUUACCUGAGACGUUUUUAUCCGUUUGCAUUGAGAUGUCGCCAGUGUCGAACAUGGAGCAGCGACCCUUUGUUGAGUCAGCUAAGUAACUGCACAAAUGAAGAUGAAUUGUUGGAUCUUGUUGGAAAGAACAAAACCAAACUCUCUGAAAAACACGUGGGAAGUGCAAUUAAUCUACUUUGGCAGUUUCAGAUGAAGAAGUCUGAUCUCUUGAGAAAUAUUGAUUAUAUAAGAAACCAUUCCCAGUUUCUUACACUUCGCAUUUUAGCAGAAAACAAGAUUGAAAGUAUGGAUAAUGAAGCUUUAAUAGACAUACUCUACAAUUUACUCCGGUUCAACGUGGAGGCCCAUGAUUCACUAGUAGGAGAGCUGGUCAUGGAAGGCUGGCGAAGGUUAGACAGAUUGAGCCUACCCUCACUGUCUAAAUUUGCACUGUGCCUAUAUGAGCAACAGAUAUACAAUAGCCCUCUCAUAGGUCAUAUUGCUGAUAUUGUGAAUAAGGACUUGGCUUCCAUACAAGACACAAGGGUCUUGUCAGUUUUGAUGAUCACCAUAUCUGGUGUUAUCUCGCAGAGUUUUCGAGACCGAUUAAUACAGAAGGCAGAAUUUGUCUUGGAAACCAUGGAGCUCAUCCCUUUGAAUCAUGCUAGGCGAUUUGUACAGUUUCUCCGGAAUAUCAAGCUAUCACAUCAUCCUUUGCUGGACAAAUGUAACAAAGUUUUUCUUCAGAAUGCAAGCCUGCUAGAUAUUGAGCAGUUGGCUAUCAUCCUUGGACUUUACCAGUCUUUACAGUUCAACAACACUGAGUUUAGAUUGGUUGCUAAACAAAAACUGAUGGAAAUCAUGGAUGACUGCAGCAACCCUGUUAGUUUCACUAAGCUGUUUGUUUUGCUUGCUCCCAUGGCAGGACCAGAGGUCAGAGAACGAUUGAUUGAAACGGCUCUACUAAUGGCAGAUGAAUUUGACCAUCAACAAGCAUUAGCAGUGGUGGAAUGUAUGCAAGAAAUUAACUGCAGAAAUUCACAACUGAUCCAGAAGAUUUCUUCUCUCCUUCACAAAUACUUGGAUACUUACAGACCAGUAGAGUUGGCUAAAGUGACACAGUCUCUAGUCCUGCUCCGCGCCCCCAAUCAUAACCUUUUCUCAAAAUUACAAACACUGCUAAUUGGCUGUUUACAAACUAGUGUCACACCUGAAGACAUUUCCAUGCUAACUCGCAUUCUCUCCAUGCUUCCUUCUUCUUACACGACCAAAGUUGUUGCCACUCGAGUUGAUGCCAUCUUGCCUCAGUGCAACCUGAGUGAUCUGAAUUCCAUUGCCACAGCAAUUAUAAAAUGGGUUCGACGUGACCAGUCAAAUCAGCAAGACCCUUCUGGGCUGUAUGGAAAACUUUUGCAGAAAGCCAAUCUCCAUGCAUUUCAGCGACUUCAAAAAGCUAAUGAUCUGGAUCUUUUGUUAGAGGAACUGAAAUACAUAACUGGAGAAUGGUUUGAAGAAAUGCUUCUUGAAGAAACCAUGGCUGCUUUUCAGCGGUUGAUGAACCAAAUUACAUGGGUGAAUGUGCUUGAGUUUUCAUCCUUCUUCAUCAAAACUGCCUACUUUUGUACUCCACUGCUUGAUAGAAUAGCUGCUGUUACCCUUCAGAAUAUAAAUAAGAUUUACUAUUCAGGAACUUACUCUGUUCUCCUUCCCUUUGCUGUUCUGAAUUACGAUCCUCCCCAAAGUGAGGAGUUUUUUGAGGCUUGCAUUGGCCAUUUCAGCUCUCACUUGGAUUCUUUUGAGCCUCAUCUCCUUGUGCUGCUUGGUUUUGCUAUGGCUACUGCUGAGUAUUUUCCAGAAAAUCUGAUAAAGUCUAUAUUUAAUGUUGAAUUUCUUGCCAAACUGGAUACGCAGCUUGGAAUACUAUCAGAUGCCUUAAACAGAAGGGUCCGCUUACGACUGAUGGAGCUGAACCGAGCAGUCUGUUUAGAAUGCCCCGAAUUUCAAAUUCCAUGGUUUCAUGAGCGCUAUUGUCAACAGCUGCAGCAAAAAAGCAAUGGUAAUCUUCGUGCAUUGCAACAGCAGAUUCACCGGCUGCUGGGAGAAAUCUUGGGAGGACGCAAUUUUGCCAGGGCAUCUGUCCUCACCCCCUAUUAUUAUGGAAUCGAUUUUGAAUGUAUUCUUGAUAAAAACAAGAAGCCACUUCCGUAUAUGGACCAGAAUGUCAUCCUGGCUGACUUGGAGAGAGUGCACUGGGGACAAGAUGGCCAGCUCAUGGGAAAGAAAGGGCUGCCGCCAGGAGCUCAGAGAAUAGCUGUGGAAUUUCUUGAUUCAAAAGCCUUUUGCAAAAACUCAUAUCACCUGAAAGGAGAAGUUGCUAUGAAAAAGCGACAUUUGGAGAUUCUAGGAUACCAGGUUGUCCAGAUCCCUCAUUUUGAAUGGAAUUCUAUGGAACUGUCAUCAAAGGAAGCAUGGAUAGAAUAUCUAAAGAAGAAAAUAUUUGAAAAUGUUUGACAAGAUAUGCAAUCAUGUAGCACUUACACUUACAUCAUGUAGACAAGACAUGCAAUCAUGAAGCUUUUAUAUGGAUAUAGUUUCUAUUUGAAGGAAUGUUAAAUAUGUUCAACCUUA